GCUGUCCAGAAACGGAUUCCACAGGCUUGGGAUGUGGUGUUUGUGCAAAGGACGAUGGUCAGAUAGCCCACGAUUCAAUCUCCCGGUCGCUGAAAGCUAGGGACGGCACGUCUCUAGCGAGGCAAAAAAAACAAAUUUGCAAUCGAUCCUACUCCUCAGCAGUAUUCUCCUCGAAGCGUGAUGGGGUCGAUUCAAUGCAGAUGCUAGUAACCCUGGACAGAAGUCCCAUUGUGACGCCUCCGUCCCCAAGGUGCCUGCUUGCGUUUCGUGCGGCUCAAUAG